AUGGGUCCCUCAUCACUGGAAGCUAUGGAGGACUUUAACUCUGUGACUGUGGGCACACUAAAGCGUAGAGUACGGCAAAGGAAACGGAUUCAUGAGAUUAUCAGGAACAAAUUGCAGCGAAACCUCUCCUGCUCAGGAUCUAAAGUUAAGAGCACGCUAACAGGCUUCUUCCCCGUAGUGAAAUGGCUUCCCAAGUACAAGGUGAAGGACUAUAUAUGGGGAGAUCUGAUGUCUGGACUCAUAGUUGGCAUCAUAUUGAUCCCUCAAGCCAUUGCGUACUGCCUUUUGGCAGGCUUGGAUCCUAUCUAUGGCUUGUACACGUCGUUUUUUUCAAACAUCAUCUACUUCUUCAUGGGGACGUCAAGACAUGUUUCGGUGGGCAUCUUCAGCCUCAUGAGUCUGAUGGUUGGACAAGUUGUCGACCGAGAGGUCUACCUUGCAGGCUUUGAUUUGAAUGAAGACAGUACGAAAAGCGCAUUUGGGAUAAAUGGCACCGGGGAAGCUAACACUACUCUGGUCAACUUGAAGAUCAUGCCAUUGAAUAUGGAAUGUGGGAAGGAAUGCUAUGCCAUUGGCAUUGCCACAGCUUUAACAUUUCUUGCUGGCGUCUACCAGGUGCUGAUGGCCGUUCUCAAGCUGGGGUUUGUCUCGGUUUACCUGUCUGCUCCUAUGCUUGAUGGCUUUGCCACUGGGGCAUCUUGCACUAUCCUCACUGUCCAGGCAAAGUACCUGCUUGGCCUUAAGAUUCCUCGAUACCAAGGCUACGGCACUGUGGUAGUCACUUGGAUCAAUAUCUUUAAGACCAUCCACAAAACCAACUUCUGUGAUUUAAUAACAAGUGCCAUUUGCAUCAUAGUGCUGGUUGCAGGAAAAGAGAUCCAGGAUCGCUAUAAGGACCGUUUGAAGAUACCAUUGCCCACAGAACUGGUGGUAGUGGCAGUUGCCACAGUAGUCUCCCACUUUGCUGAUCUAAACGGACAGUUCAGCUCCAGUAUCUCAGGUGCCAUUCCAACUGGUUUCAUUCCGCCAAAGGUGCCCAGUAUUGAACUGAUGCCCCGUGUAGCAUGUGAUGCCAUUCCGUUAGCUGUCAUCAGUUUUGCUUUUACCGUUUCUCUGUCUGAGAUGUUUGCUAAAAAGAAUGGUUACACAGUUAGGCCCAACCAAGAAAUGAUAGCAAUUGGGUUUUGCAAUAUAAUUCCUUCAUUUUUCCAUUCUUUCACUACAAGCGCUGCCCUUGCGAAAACUAUGGUGAAGGACUCAACAGGUUGCCAGACUCAGGUCUCCAGUAUAGUGAGUGCCUUAGUGGUCCUUCUGGUCCUUCUUUUCUUUGCGCCAUUUUUCUACGCCCUGCAGAAAUGCGUCCUCGCCUGCAUUAUCAUCGUCAGUCUGCGGGGUGCCCUGCGCAAAUUCCGAGACGUCCCUACCCAAUGGCGUGAAAGCAAGAUUGAGGCAAUCGUCUGGUUGGUGACCAUGAGCUCAACUGCUUUAAUUAGCGUGGAGCUUGGAUUGCUGAUUGGUGUGGUCUUCUCUAUGAUCUGUGUGGUGGGCCAGACUCAGAAUCCUAAAGUUUCUUUACUGGGACAAAUUGAACAAACCAACGACUUUGAGGACAUGGAAGAGUAUGAUAAUCUUUCACCUGUUCCAAAAGUGAAGAUCUUCCGUUUUCAGGCGCCUCUUUUCUAUGCCAACAAAGACUUCUUUUUAAAAUCUUUAUAUAAAGCAACCCAUCUUGAGCCAUUCCUUGAAAUAACCCGCCGAAGAAAACUGGAGAAAAAAGCUAGAGACAAGACAGCGAAGAAGACAUAUAGAGUAGAUGAAACAAAUGGAGAUGUAAGUGUAAACUUGAUUUCAAGAAACAUUGAUUUUCAUACUAUCAUCUUAGAUUGCUCCUGCAUUUCCAUAAUAGACACAGCAGGAGUGAGCACCUUCAAAACGGUUUUAAAAGACUAUAAAGAAGUUGGCGUGAAUGUAAUUCUAGCUUGCUGCAAUACACCAGUGAUAGAUUCUUUAAGGAGAGGCUCUUUUUUUGGGGCUGGUGACAAAGACAUGGAACAACUGUCAUUUCAUACUAUCCACAGUGCUGUUUGUUUUGCUACUUGUAUGACACAACCGUUUAAUGACUCGUCUGUGUAAUGUGCCCACAAACGGGUUUCAAGAGCUGAUAAACAUUUUCUAUUAAAACAUAUGAAACAGGAUAUUCAGCUCUUAAAAAAUGAUGAACGUUGAAUACAUUUAUAAAAUCAACAUGAUGGGGAAAAAAAUCCAACUCCCUUUUGAAUAUGAAUAUUUUGAAUAGUCUGCUAACUCAGGGGUUGUUAUUAUUAUAAACACUGGAAGACAAACCUGCAUUUAUGCCUUACAUUAAGUUUUUUUAUUUUAUUUUAUUAUUUAGCUACCAAAAAGUACUCAAGUACUCAAUCAAAUUACUACCGCUACAUAAUUAUGUUUUGCGACAUAUUUCUGAGUCUGACACACUUAUCCUCAGAAAAUUAAAUAUUUAAUUACAUUUUAAAUGUAAAAUAUACAAGAAGAGAGAUGAGAUGAUAAGACAAUACAGAUCUGUGAUUUAAAGUUGCCUGUCAUACUGCCUUGUAAAUGUGUUAUUGGUGUUAUUGUGUAUGGUGUUAUUGAGGAAAUGAAAGUGAAGGGUGAAUUUCACCUGGAGAUGUUAUUAUAUUUUAAACCGGUGUCAAUAACUACUAUUUGGACCCAUUUGGAUACACUUGUUGCCUCAAGGUUCCCACCAUAUUCAUGUUUUACAUACUUGAUUAUGAUGAUUACAUUGCAAAAACAUUUUAAUUAUUUUUAAUAAAUGUUAGCCAAUUGUG